AUGUCCAGUCCCCGACGACUGCUGCUGCUGCCGCUGCCGCUGCUGCCGCUCUCUCCCACAGUCUUGGCCGCCGAGACGUCUCGCAGAAGCUCCAACCUCACCGUCCAACUGGCCGAGGUGGUGCCCGCCUGCGCAGAGGACUGCUUCAUCUCGUUCCUCGACGCAAACUACGGCCUUGGGCGGUGCGACGACGUCCCCUCGCUCGAGGACCUCUGCUCCACGGAUGGCAACACGGGCUUCACGGUCGGGGAGGGCGCGGUGCAGUGCAUGGCCGCCGAGCAGAGGCUGGGAGCGUGCUCCGGCAAAGAAGCCGACUCAUCGGCAAUGUAUAGAGCGUACCAGAUGUGCAGCGACCAGCCGGGCGCUCUCACGCCCACUCACGCCGUCAUCACGGCCACCUUGGCUGUGCCCUCCUCCGGGAGAGGACCCGUCUCGUAUCCCGCGCCUUGGAAGACGAGCACGGGGCCCUCGGCGAGACCGCAUCUCCCCUCGACGCGGCCUGUCGACACGCAUGCCCCGACAUCCACGCCGUCUUCGGGCUCCGAUACCACCUUGAGAACGGCCGUUGUGAGCACCACCACGGAGACCACGGGGACCAGCUCUUCUUCGUCAGAGCCCGCGGCGGCAGCUGCCUCCGGAGGGUCCCUGACCCCGGUCCAGAAGGCGGGCAUUGCUGUGGGCGUCAUCGGCUUUGCGGCCGUUGCCAUCGGGCUCCUGUUGCUGUUCAGGCUGCACAGGGCGAAGGGGAAGCGUCGGGGACACGCACCGCUGGCCGGUUCGCCACGGAGACGGGACUCCUGGGGAUACAAGUCUGACGAGAGCCGCCGACAAGGCAGCAGUGAGCCGUCGUGGAUGGCGAGUCCCGUCGGCCCGCCAGACGAUGCUGGGAGAGGACUCGGAGGAGCACAGUCACCGUCACCAAGACCGCAAACACAAGGGCCAAGACCAAAACCACCACCACCAAGGGCGUACAACCGAUCCAGUUGGCGCCCGAGCCUCAUAGGAGUAGCCCUGUCGCCCUCGCACGCCAGGCGUGCCGGCCACAUCACAUCAGCACCGCCGCCGCGGCCCGUGUCGAAACUGCUCCCCGCGAAGCCGAGUCUCUCGCCGGACAUCCCCAGGAAGCCGCCCACGCCUCCGCCAAAACAUACACCACCGCCCCCGGCGUCAUCCCUCCGGAGCCGGCCCGAGAGUCGCCCAUCGCCCGAGCACAGACGGAUCACAUCCCGGCCGCCGGUCCUGCCGAAGCUGCAGAUCCCCCGGGGCCACGACCUCCUCCACGUCCCCGGCUCGGCGAACAAGCCUCGCGAAAGCACAAUGACCGAGUUUGAAGAGGAUGGACGCCACUCCUCGACCGUCCUCUCGUCGGGGACUCAGCGCUGGAACGCGCCCUCUGCUGCGCCGCCCUCCUCCGCCGCGACCCAUCGCGUGGCUGACGGCCGCGGUAACUGGAUGCCCGGUGAUUCGAGUAGUGUGCAGGCUGCAGAAUUGGAGGGCACCACGCCGCUCGGCGCGUGUCCCGAGCUCUCUACGGGCAUGGCUGUCUUCCCAGCCGUGACGGGCGCCCCGGCAGAACAGCCGGGCCAAGGGGCCGCGAAGCGUCGUGCUCAUCGUCGCUCAUCGUCGGCCCCCUUGCCUCCCCAUCCCGCCCAGCAGUCCGUCAGGGUCGUCACCGAACCCCUCACGGCGCUCAACGACGGACAGGAUGAUGCCGUCCCGAGGCCCCUGUUCUCUGACGCGGGAGGGAAUCCGCGGAGCGCGACGACCUCCGCUGCCGCGCGGCAUUCCUCGGGGCGCAACCUGACAAAACCCCGCGUCGCAUCUGGGGACGGCGGAAUCACCAACAUCAGCGUCUCGUCCGACGAGCAUCGUGAGCCUCACCCGCCGAGGGUGUCGCAGGCAAACCUCUCACCCGUGACGGAGUCGCCCCGUCCAGCAAGCGGCGCCAAGUCCCCGGUGUCGUAUCCCAAGAUCCCCGGGAGGGAGAAUACCAUCAGCAGAAAGGAGACGUGUGCUCAGCCGCUGAGGAUGCCGAUUUUAUACAAGUCGGCCCACCACCGGACCGCCUCGGGAGGUAUAGGAAGCAGCGUCGCCAUGCUGACAGUCGGGUCUCUGGCCCCGAAUCCCAACCCGAACACGCCUCAGGGGACGAACCGUGCCGCCGGCACAGCGACGCUCACGACUGCGCCGGCGCCGAGUGCAUCCGAGCCCGUCGUUCCCUCCACGAGCAUCGUCACGGCCUCGCCUUACGCAGCGGUGGGCGCGCCUCGUGGGCCACGGCCGAUGCAGAAUCCCGCGCUCCCUCGCACCGGCUCUCCGACGAUGCGCAUCGUCGAGCCUUCCCCUGAGCCCGACGACGACGACAGGGCCAUGCUGCCGUCUGCCCGCCCUCGCCGCGUGCAGGCCCCGGAACAGUCACCGCCCCAGAGGCAACAGGCGCCGUUGCAGUCACUGCCCCAGGGGCAACAGGCUCGGUUGCAGUCUUGUCCAUUCCCGGCCCCCCAGCACCGCACUCAGCCGGAGCAUUCGACAGAUGCGCCAACCUCCCAGAAGCGGCAUCAACAACAGGAGGCAACGCCGGCCACCCAGCACCACCAUCGCCAACGACAUCAACAACAACAACAACAGCAACCCCGAGACACACGACCGCAGCAACCACACGCCAACCACCCACGACAGGAGCAAGCACAGCCGCAGUCACAGCCGGCCCCCAUCCCCCAACUAGCUCCGGCGCAGCAAGCCCGAGGGCCAGACGCGCCCAACUGGAUCUCCGGGCUGCCCGCGCACCCUCACCCCCUCCGCCGCCCCCAGCACACGAGCACGCUCUGGCUGCCGCCGCAAGCCCGCACGCGCGACUCGCGCAAGCGGCGCGGGACGAUAGAGACGGAGCCAGACCACCACGGACAGUCCCCCAUGCGGCCUUCGCGACAGCCAGCACCGCCGCGGCACGCCCCGAUCCAGCCGCGUCUGCAUCAUCGUCGAGACGCGGGGACCCCGCCGCCCUUCAGCAUCCUUCAGCAACCGCAGGACCAGACUCCAGGAGAGCCACACCGACGGGAGACGUACAUUCACCCCCGUCAGCAACACGCCUAUCCGUGCCCCGACCCCCGGCCCUAUCCAGACCAGGGUCCAAGCCAUCACCAUCCCGCGUUCUGCCCUCGGCAACAACCGCCUCAAGAUGCGUUCUUUCAGCAGCAGCAGCAGCAGCAGCGGCAACCACCCCAGGCCACCAUAGUUGCCAAGCGCCUUGGUCACGACCGGGCCGUCGACAUGUCUAUAUCGACAGACUACGCCUCCUGGGCGAGCAGUUCGAGGAACCGGCACCCGACGAGCGGCGGGCCCGUGUGUCCAUCCCCAGAGGUCAUCACCCCAGGGGCACGCUCGGGGGACCUGCCUUGGACGCCGACGUGGUUGCCCAGGUUGACUCCUACGAGGCGAGGCGCUGAUUUGUACCUCAAUGUCCACUGA